CCCGAGGCUGAGCUGCAGACCCGCUGGGCGGACGGACAGAAAGGACUGCGAGCCGAGGCGCGGGCGCGGAGGUAGUAGGGCCCGUUUAGGGCCCGAGCGCCUCGCCGGAGGUACCUCGGCGUCCGCCCGCAGGCCCCUGGACCGUCGGACGCGCGUCUUGCCUCCAGCCAUGGGGUCCGCGGCGCUGGAGAUCCUCGGGCUGGUGCUGUGCCUGGUGGGAUGGGUGGGCUUGAUCCUGGCGUGCGGACUGCCCAUGUGGCAGGUGACCGCCUUCUUGGACCACAACAUCGUGACGGCGCAGACCACCUGGAAGGGGCUGUGGAUGUCGUGUGUGGUGCAGAGCACCGGGCACAUGCAGUGCAAGGUGUACGACUCAGUGCUAGCCCUGAGUACCGAAGUGCAGGCGGCUCGGGCUCUCACGGUCAGCGCCGUGCUCCUGGCGCUGGUUGCGCUCUUUGUGAGCCUGGCGGGCGCGCAGUGCACCACCUGCGUGGCCCCCGGCCCCGGGAAGGCGCGCGUGGCCCUCACGGGCGGCGCGCUCUAUGCGCUCUGCGGGUUGCUGGCGCUGGUGCCACUUUGCUGGUUCGCCAACAUCGUGGUCCGCGAGUUCUACGACCCAAGCGUGCCCAUGUCGCAGAAGUAUGAGCUGGGCGCAGCGCUGUACAUCGGCUGGGCUGCCUCGGCCCUGCUCAUGUGCGGCGGCGGCCUCGUGUGCUGCGGCGCCUGGGUUGGCGCCGGCCGCCCAGACCUCGGCUUCCCGGUCCCGGUCAAGUACUCCGCGCCGCGGCGACCCGCGGCCAGCGGCGACUACGACAAAAAGAACUACGUCUGAGCGCGCCGAGCACCGCGGGUUUCCUCGCGACAAUCACGCCCGCGAGCCGGACACUGGCCCAGGGAGCCCUGCAUGGACGGCGAACUCCGCUGGGCCGCGCGGCGCCGAACACAGGCUCCGCAGAACCGCCACUACUCCAGGACGCGGCCCGCAGGCAGAAAUCUGCUCCCAGCCUGUUCCGUCAGCCACCAGCCGCGCCCUGCCCCGAGCCAGCGAAAGAACUUGGAGGACUCGCUCAGUUUCUUUUUCUGCGCGCACCGCCGACUCUUAUCUUUGUGGGGCGCGCGAUCCACCUGUCUUGUAGCCACUGGACUGAAAAUGCCUCUUCUCUCCCUGACUCUGCGGGUCUUGGAUGCCGCAGUCAUCCCCACGGGCUCCUCCUGAUUCCAGAGAGGCAAAAGAAUAAAGAACCCAAGGCUGCGGGAGAAAUGUGCAGCCGGCCUUGGCCCCGUAGGCGGGACCUGAACCCAGGACGAAGAGACUUGGACCUCACCCGGCAAGCUCCCAAAGGGAGGCUUAUGGACACCAGACCCUGGGUGUGGGGCUGGGGCCCUGCGCAGCUUAUGGGGAGGGUAAUAAUUUGUUUAGUAAAUGGUUUCAAC